GAACAUUCGUUAUGUUGCAUACGUUCCCGCACGGAAAACUGUAUCAAGUGUACAGAUCACCGCAUAGCUAACGGAAGAUAAACAGAAGACAAUAUGGCAGAGACUCAUAGUUUACAUGCCAUUAGGCAGCAGGCUGCAAUUGCUGCUAAAGUCUUCAUACAGAGGGAUUAUACAAAUGGCACUGUAUGUCAAUUUCAAACCAAGUUCCCUUCUGAGCUGGAGACCAGGAUGGACAAACAGCAGUUUGAGGAGACAGUGCGGACUCUAAAUAACCUCUAUGCUGAGGCAGAGAAACUUGGAAGCCACUCAUACAUUGAAGGUUGUCUGGCCUGCCUGACAGCUUAUACCGUGUUCUUGUGUAUGGAGACGCAUUAUGAAAAGGUUUUAAAAAAGAUUGCAAAGUAUGUGCAGGAGCAGAAUGACAAGGUGUACGCACCCAGAGGUCUCUUGCUCACCGACCCAAUCGAAAGAGGCCUCCGAGUCAUUGAGGUCACUAUCUUUGAAGAGAGAAGCCUGACUAGAUAGAAAUUUCCAAGGAGCUGCUUUCUGAAGAGAGCUUCUGUGUCAAUCCCCCCACACACAAGGACCCGGCACAUCUAUACUCUCCUGCGUCUCAACAAUCUGCUUUCUUAAUCACAUGCUGCCCUAAAAUGACAGUAUUCAACAUAUUGUUUGCUGUAUAGCAGUCAACGCCACUCAACAGCAUCGCUUGAAAACUCUGCGACAAUACAAGAUUCCCCAAUUAGCACUAAAUCUCUUCAGCCAAUGACAAAUGAGCUUUUAUUUGGUUUAGACCAGAAUUACAAAUUCUAUUUGAACCAUGAGGCCAAAACCAGCAGACGUGACUUAUUUAUUUUUUCUAUGAUGCUGAAAGUCUGCUAUCCAUUUUGUUUUGCUGGACAUUUUUAUGGUUACUUUUUUUGUAAUCUCUCCAAGGAUAACUGACAUGCUGAUUGUUGUCAGACUCAGACAUUCCAGUCGCACUGCCAUGGUUGUUUGUAAUCUGAAUAUUUUCUUUUUAAAUGCCUUGUUUCAUAAGUUGUAGUUCUGUGAACGCACAGUGCUUGUGGUCUGUUCAUAAUGUGCAUGAAAUAUUAUUAAGGCUUUUAUCAUUUGCAUACCGUGCCUUGCAAAGCGUUUGGUGAUGUCUAAUAGGCGUCAUUCGUUUGGUGUUUAUUUCUGUCCUCUGCUAUGUAAUGUAAAAACUGUUUGAUGAUUG